AUGGCUUCAUCAAUAAAUGAUCUAGGUGUUAAUGAACAUCAUGAAGAAAUAAUUCGUCAUUAUGUUCAUUUUUCUCGUGAACAAAAAGCAAUAGGUCUACGAUCAUUUCGUUCUGCAGCUGAUGAUUUUAAAAAUCAACGUUUAUCUGAUGAAGCUAUGAUGACAGUUAAUGAAGUCAAUGAAUUUCUUGAUGAAUUUCUUGAUAUAUUAGAAAAAGAAUUUGAACAAGAAUUAACACAUCAAUAUCGUGUUAAUGCUCUUUUACUUAAACAAUUAUUUCAACAAGCUGAACAAUGGUUUUUAAAAUUAAAUCCUAAUUUUGAUCAAUUAGAAAAUCGUUGUUUAAUUGAACUUAUACGAGAUUAUGAACAACAACAAUUAAUUUCAAAAAAAUCUAAAGGAAAUAAAGAUAUGAAUGCUAUGAUGGAUCCAAUAAAUGAUACAAAAUCUACAAUACUUUUAAAAACUGAAAUUCAAAAAUUACAACAAUUAAAUGAACAAUUAAAAAAACGUUUAUUAAACUAUGAAAAUGAUGAUGAUAUUUUAAAUCAAAAAUUAGAAGAAAAUACACGUUUAUAUAAUAAUAAAGAAGUAUCAUUUACUCAUCAAUUAGAAACAAAUGAAAAACGUUUAAAAGAUAUUCAACAUUCAUUAUCAUUAGCUGAAAAUGAAUUAGAAAAAAAAUUUAAUCAAACAAAUACAUAUAUUAAUAUGAAAAGAAUUAUUGAACAAAAAAAUCAACAAAUUCGAGAAUUAAGACAAAGAUUAGAUGUCAAAGAUGACAAUGAUUAA